AUGAAGGCUGCAGUGUUGACAAUUAUUCUCUUCAGUUGUUUAAUUUAUGACAGUUCAAGUGAAAGUGCCAGUAAAAUUAUAAAUGGAAAAUUAGCUGAAGAAGGAAGAUUUCCUCACAUGGUGCAAUUGUCGAUAAAGAAGAGAGAAGGAACGAAGUAUUGUGGUGGAAGUUUAAUAAGUUCGCAAUGGGUUUUGACUGCAGCUCAUUGCAUUAAGGGCAUGAGAUCAGCGAAAGCUUACAUGGGAUCAGUUUUCUGGCGAACCAUGACAUUGAAAUUGAAGAUUAUUGAUGGAUCAAUUCACCCAAAUUAUAAAAAUAUCAAUGCUGAUGAUAUUGGUUUGGUGAAACUUGAGAAACCUGUUGAAUUUAAUAGCCGAAUUCAACCAAUUGAGCUUCCAGCGAGACAUCAACUUCCAACAGAAACUUUCAUUAAUUCAACACUAUUCGUGCCAGGUUUCGGAGACACUAAGAAUGGAUCGCAAUCAAAUCUCUAUUUACGGUAUGUUGAAAUGUAUGGAGUAAGCAAUGAAGAUUGUAGCAAUGAGUGGGGUUGGAGAAUGCGGGAAACUUUUGUCUGUGCUCAAGGCUUAAAUAGCUUCAACCAUACAACAUGCAACGGUGAUAGUGGAAAUGGUUUGAUAACGAAAAUUGAUGAUGUAACGAUUGUGUUCGGUAUCGUAUCUUAUGGCGCACCAGGUUGUGUAGGCAAAGCAAAAGUUUUUACCAGGGUCGCCUCAUACUUGGACUACAUUCAUUCAGUGACAGGAAUAGAAAUAAAAAAUUAA